AAAAGCAUUGUGAGAGAAACGCUCUCCCUCUCCUUCGCGUCUGCUCGCACUGCUCCACCCCCAAAAACCCUAAGCGACGGCGCCUCCGCUUUCCCAUCGGAACCCUAAAUCCUCAGCAGCGGUUCCCCCGCUUCUCGCCUCCGAGCCAGCCUGAAUCCGUGCUGCUUCCCGUUAUUAGAAACAACUUCAUCCCUCAACCGGCGAAAAACCGUUACAGUCUCAGUUUUAGGGUUUUCCCCCACCGUAUCUACUGCAUCCGAUAUGGCCGAUUCCAAACCAGAAAGCGUGCCGGUGCUGCCGUGGAUGAGAGACCCGGUUCAUAUCGACGAGGUCGACACGUGCCCUCUCCAUCUCCUUCCCGGCCUUGAUCGCAGAUUGGAGGCAGCAUUAAAGCUUAUGGGUAUCCAGUCACUUUUCCGAGUGCAAGUAGCAGUAUGGCAAGAAAUUAUGGGGUUUGGUGCCUUUGAGCGAGAUAUUUGUGUUAAUUCUCCAACAGGAAGCGGCAAGACAUUGGCUUAUGCACUCCCGAUAGUUCAGUUGCUUUCAACUCGGAAAAUAAAAUGUUUAAGGGCGUUAGUUGUUGUGCCCACUCGGGAUCUAGCAUUGCAGGUCAAAGAAGUAUUUACUGCUAUUGCUCCUGCUGUGGGCUUGCAUGUUGGUUUAGCUAUUGGUCAAUCAUCAAUUGCAGAUGAAAUAUUACAGCUCAUUAAGAGGCCUAAGCUUGGGAUGACUUCACCUUUUGAUCCAGAAGACUUACCCAUGGAGCUAGAAAGUGCUGUGGACAUAUUGGUGGCAACUCCAGGAAGGCUGAUGGAUCAUAUUAAUACUACAAAAGGGUUUAGUCUGAAACAUUUAUGUUAUCUGGUUGUUGAUGAAACUGACCGAUUGCUAAGAGAGUCAUAUCAGUCUUGGUUGCAGACUGUUCUUGAGAUUCGUCAUUCAAAUGAUGAAGCACUAUCUACUCGUGCAAUUACCUCUCCAUCUAUGUUAUGCUCCCUGAAUACUAGGAGAAUAUGUGGUAUUGAUAGGGGCUUCAAAGAUAAACCUUAUCCGAGGCUUGCAAAAAUAAUUCUAUCAGCUACUCUGACUCGAGAUCCCAGCAAGCUUUCUCAAUUUAAUUUGCACCACCCUUUGUUGCUGAAGAGUGGGCAUAAGCGCUAUCAGUUACCUGAAAAUCUUAAAUCACAUAUCCUGAUUUGCAAAACGAGUAUGAAGGCAUUGUAUUUGGUUUCUCUUCUAGAAGCUCUUAGAGGGGAGAAGUGCAUAAUCUUCACAUCCUCUGUUGAGUCAACUAACAGGCUCAACACCUUACUAAAGCAGUUUGGAGAUUUACCAUUUAAGUUCAGCGAGUUUUCAAGUCGACAACCCCAGUGGUCUCGAAAGAAAACGCUGAAGGCCUUUAGGGAAGGAAAAGUUGAUGUGCUUGUCGCUACAGAUGCAUUUGCACGAGGAAUGGAUGUUAUAGGAGUAAGAAAUGUAAUCAAUUAUGAUAUGCCAUCUUAUACUAAGACAUAUGUGCACCGUGCUGGACGCACUGCAAGGGCAGACCAAACUGGGUGCUGCUUUACUCUUAUGAGCAAAAGUCAGGUCAAAAGUUUUGAAAACAUGCUCCAAAAGGCUGAUAACAACUCCUAUAGCACUUAUUCUCUACCUGCGGAGUCAUUAGAACGCCGUCAUUCCAGUUAUCUUUCAGCACUAGAGAAGCUGAAAAAGCACGUGGAAUUUAGAAGCAAGAAGAAAAUGCAGAGUUAGGCUAUGGUAUCAGAGUUUGAGCUGAAUGGGAAGAUUGUUUGCCAUUGCAUACUUCUGGCGCUUCCACUAUUUUAUCCGGGCACGGCGCUCAGAGUGGCGAUGGAAGAGGCAGUUGUUGCAGGGGAAUUCUCUCAAGUUGCACCGAGCUCUUAUCUUUGAUCGGUAAGCGCACGAAUCCAGCAACUCAUACAGCGAUCUGCUAGUUCAGUAUGCUACAUCAAACAGGCUCUAGAUCAAUGAUGAGGAAACUAAUUAUUUAUGUUUGAAUAUUAACUUUAUUCUUCUUUUGGCAUAAAUUUUUUUUUCACAUGUAUUUUUUCAGUUACGGGAUGUUUUAAUAGCGGAGUGAGUAGUCUUAAAAUGGGAGGAGAGGUAGAUCCCUUGUCCACAAUCUCCGCAAUGAGCUUAACAUUAGUGGCCCCAUAUCAGAAUGUUCUUUUAGGCGAUAUUUUUAGUGGAAAGACAUAAGUCAUGAUAAGUAAGAAAACGUGCUGAGUAUUUCACAACACCCAUUUACUGAAUUAAUCAUGUGUAAUAAUAUGCAACGAAACCAUAGUUCUCCAUUAAUAAGAUUGUAAUCUUUUGUAUGUGUUCCCA